AUGCCCAUGAUCCCCAUUCACCCCUCACGACCCCCAUGCUCCCACGAUCCCCAUCACGACCCCAUGCUCCCCACGAUCCCCCCCUCACGACCCCAUGCCCCCCCCCGAUCCCCAUUCACCCCACGACCCCAUGCUCCCCAGUCCCCAUUCCCAUCACCCCACGACCCCCAUGUCCCACGUCUCCCAUUCACCCCUGACCCCAUGCUCCCUGAUCCCCAUUCACCCCCACGACCCCAUGCUCCCCCACGAUCCCCAUUCACCCCACGACCCCCAUGCUCCCACGACACCCCCAUGCUCCCCCGAUCCCCAUUCCCCGACCCCCAUGCUCCCCCGGCCCCCAUUCACCCCCACGACCCCCAUGCUCCCCGACCCAUGCUCCCCGACCCCCAUGCCACGCCCCAUUCACCCUGA